AGUUGAGUUCUGCUGUAGAGUUUAGCCUAGCUUAGCUUCCACCCUUCAGUUGUUGUUGCCUCGUCGGCACUCACCACUUUUAAAUGUAGGACCAGGACAAGAUGGCGGAUAUCUCGUUGCUUCAGGACGACUCUCAGGAGGAGAUAGACGGAUUUGGUGUGGAUGACUACAGCUCAGAGUCUGACGUCAUUAUUAUACCCUCAGCCUUGGAUUUUAUAUCGCAAGAUGAGAUGCUGACACCCUUGGGAAGACUGGAUAAAUACGUCACUAGUGAAAACAUAUUUAACAGACAGAUGGUGGCCCGCAGUUUGCUGGAUACGCUAAAAGCGGUUAGCGAGGAUGAUAGGGAUUGUAUUGCAGUUCUGGAGAGAGUCAGCAUACUUUCUGAUGACUCAGAGCCCACAGUUCGUGCAGAGCUUAUGGAACAAAUUCCUCAUAUCGCCAUUUUCUGCCAAGAGAACAGGCCUUCAAUUCCUUACGCAUUUUCAAAGUAUUUGCUUCCUAUUGUAGUGAGAUACUUAGCUGAUCAAAACAACCUGGUUAGAAAGACCAGUCAGGCGGCCCUUUUAAUGCUUUUGGAGCAAGAACUGAUAGAGCGCUCAGACAUUGAAAAUCUUGUCUGUCCUGUCCUUGUGGACCUCACCGCACCAGACAGCAAUGAUGAUGUGAAGACUGAGGCUAUGGCGAUCAUUUGUAAAAUGGCACCUAUGGUGGGGAAGGAUAUUACAGAGCACCUUUUCCUUCCACGUUUUUGUGAGAUGUGUUGUGACUGCAGGAUGUUCCAUGUGCGCAAGGUGUGUGCAGCCAAUUUUGGAGAUAUUUGUACUGUUGUUGGCAGAAAAACAACAGAGGAAUUAUUGCUGCCACGUUUUUUCCAACUCUGCUCAGAUAAUGUCUGGGGAGUGCGGAAGGCCUGUGCCGAAUGCUUCAUGAUUGUGUCCUCGGCAACCUCUCAGGAAGUGCGCAGUACCAAACUAUCAUCUCUUUUCAUCAACCUCAUCAGUGACCCCUCUCGCUGGGUGCGCCAGGCAGCAUUCCAGUCUUUGGGCCAGUUUAUCUCCACGUUUGCCAGCCCCAACACUAACGUGGGCCAGUACUUUAAAGACGGAACAGAAGAAGCAGGCUGGAGUGAUCAAAAUUUGCACAAUCGGGCUGGUGAGAAAUCCACAAGCACGAAAACAGAUGCCCCACACUGCUCCUCGUCCCCUUCCACAGAGGACGGUGAUCAGAGCAUUCCAUCUGAGGAAAGUGCAGUCAAAGCUCAGCAGGACUGUGUUUCCCUAAAUCCAUCAUGCCCUCAGGAGCAUUGUGAUAGUCGGCUAUGCAAGUCACUUGAUCAGGAAUGUGUGAAUAUAGCAGUGGAGGGCGGAGGGGAGCAGGCGGCUGAAGCUUUACCUUUGGACGAGUCCUGUUGUCAAUCUGACACGGAGAAGCCCAGUUUAACGUGCCUUUCAGAGCUGGAGGAUGCAGCUCCAGUGUCCGAGGAACCUCAGUGUUUGCCAACUGCAACCCCCACAUCAGAGGAUGGCAACUCAAGCCCCAUGACCGAGGAUGCCCCACACUCGAGCCAGAAUUCCUCUGCCAGUUUAGAGAAUACCUCACAUCCACAAUCAUGCUUAGUAUCAGAGAAAGGGAAAAUUCCAGAGCAGGAGCUGUACAACUCAUUUUACUACUGGAGGACGCCCAUCCCACAGAUAGACCUUGACUUGGAGCUUUUAGAGGAGAAGUGCAACAGCAACAGUAAGGUUUUCACGAACAGCCCCUCUGCUCAGGUCUACGCACCCACUCUGGACAGGAAGCAGCUGGAAGAGCUCAUUGAGAACCUGGAGCCCCACAUUGAUGACCCCGAUGUCAAAGCGCAAGUAGAUGUGUUGACUGCUGCUCUGAGAGCUACUUCAUUGGACACUCACAUUGAGGAGGCAUUUCUGGAACCUCGGCAGGCCCAUGAUAACCCCUUUAAUUCUCACCAUGUCCCACUCAUUGAUUCCUGUGAUGUAGAGAGGCGAGACAACAUAUUACCAAUGAUUCAUGGUGACGAUUCUGAGUUAAGUGAUGGGAGCAGCCCAGACGAGGAGAAAAAAUCCAAACAACAGGAUGUGGUUCCUCAGGCGUUGUUGGAUCAGUAUCUUUCUAUGACUGACCCAUCGCGGGCGCAGACAGUGGAUAUGGAAAUUGCGAAGCACUGCGCUUACAGUCUGCCCGGUGUGGCACUUACACUGGGCCGCCAGAACUGGCACUGCCUCCGAGACACCUUUGAGACGCUGGCUUCUGACAUGCAGUGGAAGGUACGGCGGACUCUGGCUUUCUCCAUUCAUGAAUUGGCAUUAAUUUUGGGUGACCAGCUAACUGCUGAAGACCUGGUACCCAUCUUCAAUGGCUUUUUGAAAGACCUGGAUGAGGUGCGCAUAGGAGUCCUCAGACACCUCUAUGACUUCCUCAAGUUGCUGCAUCAGGAUACUAGACGGAAGUAUCUGUACCAGUUGCAGGAGUUCCUGGUCACAGACAACAGCCGCAACUGGAGAUUUAGAUCAGAACUGGCAGAGCAGCUGAUUCUGCUGUUGGAGCUGUAUAACGCUCAGGAUGUUUUUGAUUACUUGAGACCUCUGGCUUUCUGCCUUUGCACAGACAGAGUCUCCUCUGUACGGUGGACUUCUUAUAGACUGGUCAGUGAGAUUAUCAGGAAGGUUUCAACAUGCCCAGCGCUAUUGGUGGAUUUCCUUGCUGAGCUGGUAGAUAAAUUCUGCCAUUCUCACAAAUGGUCUGGGCGACAAGCCUUUGCCUUUGUUUGCCAGCUUGCUAUAGAGGAUGACUGUGUUGCAUUGGAUCAGUUCGCUGAGCACCUGCUGGCUCCUCUGCUGCAGCUGGCAUCCGACCCGGUGCCCAACGUUCGUGUACUGCUGGCAAAAACACUGCGCCAGAGCCUGAUUGAGCGAGAAUAUUUCCUGCACUCGGCCAACUCGCACCAGGAGGCUUUGGAGCAGACAUUGGUGGCACUGCAGAUGGACAUGGACAAGGAUGUUAAGUACUUUGCCAGCGUACACCCAGGAAGCACACGCAUCAACGAGGAUGCCAUGAGCACCACGUCCUCCACCUAUUAAGCAUUCACAUGCACAUACACACACCACCCCAGCAUGGAUAAUGGUCAAGGGGCUCAAAUUGGCCUCUAUCAUGGGCACAAAGACUGGAAAGUGUUUGCUUGGGGAAACCAAGUCUCCCUUUCCAGAGCAACUCACUACGACAGAGUUUUUCUGAGAUUUUUUUUGCCACAGGAGCCUUAACCGUGUCUUCCUUAAAACCAGAGAAUACUUGAAUAUCUGGAGCUUUCAAAUCAUUUAGGAACUACACAGAACCAUUAUCGGAAUAUCAGACAUGCCGGGAGUGGGUGACUUUGCUAUUCCUUCUCUCUUAUUUGUCUUCUCUUAGGUUGAUGGACCUCUGUUGUCUCUCUUGGUUAUAACAGGAAGCUAGUAACUCUGUUACACAAAACCAUGUUAGCAGGAAAGACUGUAGCGCCAAGUAUUUCUCUUAUUUUAUUUCGUUUUUCUGAUUUGAUUCUGUACUAUGUGAGUAACUCCUAUGCUGCAGAUAUAUUCAACUUGGAGAAAGUACAACCGCCACAGCCUUUCCUUCCAGCACAGUCGGGGAGCUGCCGGCUGAUUCCAGGCAAGGGCUUGAGCCGCCAGUGUUUUAAUGUCUAGUGCAACACAUUGUUGUACCUGUGGUCACAGGUUCCCCCUGACACGUAGGGGCCAUGUGUCCAGCUAAAAAGAACUGUUGUAUUUUUUUAAACCAAAAUCACAAGUGGUCCAUUUUGCAGAGUAUGUAGUAAUUCACCAUUAAAUCGGUGUUGUUGUUGCACUUCACCCCUGGGGUAUUUUAACCUGAAAAUCAAAAGCUUCACUAUGAUUCAUGCCUCCAUGUACUGUACAUAUCCUUAUUUUCCAUUUUGAUCAAUGAUCAUGAAUAGAAUUGUGAUAUGUUCUCUUAACCUGUCCGAAAUAAAAGUUCAGAAACAGUUGCUUACUAA